AUGGGUAAUUUUGAGACAGAAAUCGAUAGUGUACCCAUUACGAAGGAACGCAGAGUUCCGAAAGAUAUUGACAUACUUAAUAAUGCUGGACUUCCGCGAGCAAAUAUUGCUGCAUCCAGAGAGCGUCCAAGUGGUACUGAAGAAGGACGACCUAGGCAGAGAACUGUAUUGCAACAGCAUGUGGAAUUUUUUGAUAGAGAUCAUGAUGGUAUAAUCAGGCCAUACGACACUUAUUACGGCUUUCGAAGACUGGGAUUCAAUCCUCUGUUCUGUCUUACAGCUGUCUCUAUAAUACAUCCUUCCUUUUCCUACGUCACUCAACCAUCUUGGAUACCUAGUUUAACUUUCAGCAUCAAUACAAACUAUAUUCACAGUGGUAAACACGGGUCUGAUACUGAGAGUUAUGAUACUGAAGGUCGGUUUGUUCCCGAGAAAUUUGAAGAGAUUUUCUCAAAGUACAGUCACCAGACCCAAGACGCUUUGACAUUCAGGGAAAUUGUAACAAUGAUUCGCGGUAAUGCGAAUAUUAUGGAUUUCUUCGGAGUAUUUGCCAUGGUUUUUGAAUGGGGAGCAUUAUGGCUUUUGAGAGCACGUAACGGGCUUUUGUUGAAAGAAGAUGUGAGAGCUCAGUAUGACGUAAGUCGAGCAAGAAAUAAAAGAGCGCAAAAGCAAAAACAGAUAAAUCAACUUCGCUCACACGAAGGACGACAGCCUGCUGUGAGCAUUGAUUGGUCACAGAUAGACGAUGAAAACUAA